GAUAUGAUUUUGACAUCUGGGGUUGUGUUCUUAACAAUGAAAAUGCAGUUUUCAACAACUCUGAUUUUGUUCUUGAUAACAUUUGUUUUGUCAUCUUGUCCAUUUUCAGCUUCUGGAAAUGAAGUGGUGGUUUCUGAGAAAAUGGCUUUGUUGGAAUUCAAGAAAUCAUUCAUUGAUCCUUCUGGGAUUUUGUCCAGUUGGAAAUCAGACAAUUCUAGCUACUGUUCUUGGUAUGGUGUGUCGUGCAACGCGAAUUCAUCAAGGGUUUUAGAAUUGAGAAUAAGAGGUAACAAUGCUGAUAAACUUAUUGGGAAUCUGCCUCAUGUUGUUGGAUACCUCGAAGAGCUGAAGGUUCUGUCUCUUCCAUUUCAUGAUCUUACUGGUGAAAUUCCUGUUCAGAUAUGGGAAUUGGAGAAUCUUGAAGUUCUUGAUGUACUAGGGAAUUCCAUUCAGGGUGAUUUUUCGAGUUAUAAUUUUGCGGUAUUGAGAAAACUGAGAGUUGUUAAUUUGGGAUUUAACAGAAUUGUAGGGAGGUUUCCACCUUCUCUAGCACAAUGUAGGUUAUUGAGUGUAUUGAAUUUAGCAGGAAAUGGUGUAAAUGAUGCCAUUCCAGGGUUCAUAGGUGGUUUUGAAAAGUUAAGGGUGCUUAAUUUGUCAUUUAAUCGAUUAAUUGGGCGUGUUCCAGUUAGCUUGGGAGUUAAAUGCAGGGAUCUUGAAGUUUUAGAUUUGUCAUUUAAUUUCCUACAAGGGGAAAUUCCGCGUGUAUUGGGGAAAUGUAGCCACUUAAGGACAGUUUCGUUGAGUUCAAAUGCAUUUUCUGGUGUAAUCCCUUCUGAGCUUGGUGAGCUUCGAAAACUUGAAGUUCUAUUGCUUAACAACAAUACAUUUAGUGGUGAAAUUCCUUCAGGUUUGGAAAAUAUGAUAUCACUUCAUGUAUGCAACAUCUCAUUCAAUAAUCUAUCCUUUUCAUCGGUGAUAAGCCGGUGUAGCUUCUUUGGGAACUCUUUUCUUUCAGUCACCCCAAUGAUGUCGUUGUCUUUAACACCGCCAAUGAGUCAACAAUCCAAUGAGUCCCAAAGUGAUGCAGCUCCUCCACAAGUGCCUCAAUCUGAAAAUGGUAAGAGAGGAGUUACUGCCUAUGAGAUUGCUGCUGCAGUAUCUGCAACUGUCAUUGCUUCUGUUCUUGCUAUCCUUAUUGUCUUGUAUAAGCGCAAAAUGAAGAAGCAGACAUCAAAUCCUAAAAUUGAGGCCUUGAAAUCACUUAAAAGAGGCGAAGUUACAAUUUUCAAGGAUGCUGGAGUAGCUUUGACAUAUGAAAAAAUCGUUCAAGCUACCAGACACUUUAGCUGGAGCAACUGCAUUGGAACUGGCGGUUUUGGUUCAACGUAUAGAGCAGAAAUUUCCUCUGGACUUACACUGGCUGUAAAGAGGCUCCUAGUUGAUAGAUGUCAAGGAUUUGUCCAGUUCCACGCGGAAAUUCAAAGCCUCGGAAACAUUAGUCACCCCAAUCUCAUUACACUGAUUGGGUAUUAUGCAAGUGACACGGAUAUGUUCCUCAUUUAUAAUUUUCUCCCGGGAGGCAACUUGGAGAAAUUUAUACAAGACAGAGCCAACAGAGUUUUUAACUUUAAAGUGUUGCAUAAAAUUGCCCUGGACAUUGGUUUAGCAAUAGCAUUUUUACAUGAUCAAUGUACCCCGCGUAUUGUACACCGGGAUGUGAAGCCUAGCAACAUAUUAUUGGACAAUGAGGUUAAUGCUUAUUUGUCCGAUUUUGGUUUGUCAAGGAUCAUGGGAACAGAUACCUCCACUAACACAGGUGUAGCAGGUACUUUUGGUUAUGUUGCACCAGAAUACGCCUUAACAAGUCGUGUGUCAGACAAGGCCGAUGUUUACAGCUAUGGUAUCGUGCUUCUGGAGUUGCUCUCGGACAAAAGAGUUUUAGAUCCCUCUUUUUGUCUGUAUGAGAACGGAUUCAAUAUUGUUUCAUGGGUGAACAUGUUGUUGCGCGAUGAUAAGAUACAGGAUAUCUUCUAUACGAGUUUAUGGGAGCAAGAUUCGGAGGACAAGUUGAUGGACAUGCUGCAUUUGGCUCUAAAGUGUACUACAGAAUCCCUUCCUGACAGGCCAAGGAUGACACAAGUCGUCGAGCAACUGAAGAAUCUUGAACCUCUUGUGACUUAAGGCAGGGACAUUCUGAAUUCAGCCAUCAAAUAAUAAGUAGUGAAAGUGACUUAAGACUGAUCUAAUUAGUU